AUGAGCAAUGAUGAGAAACCUAAGGCAUUACACGUUCAAAUAUUAGAUCUCAAAGAACUAUCAGCGAAAGUAAGUGAGUUCAGAUCUAUUGGUGAUGAGCCUAAACUCAAGCACUUAAAUACAGUUGCCCAGCAGAUGAAGGGGAUCGAAACAUACGAUGUAAACUAUCCAAUUUCCGAUUCAGAUAACGAAAUAUAUAAAAUCAAUCCGACAACCAGCCUCAAAUUCACUGCUAAGCACUCAGAAAGUUUGGUUGGACAUGAAUUUGCGCGCAAUAGUGCGCCCGUAGCUGUGGGCGAUGAACCUCAAAGAGUACACUUCAAUGAAGUGCCCCUGCUGAUGAAAGAGCUUGAAUCAAAUGACAGAAAGUUUGCAAGACCCGAUUCUAAUGAGGAAGGCCAUAAAAUCAGUGAGAUAAGCAGCCUCCAUGCUAUUCAGAAGCACUCAGAAGAGUUCGAUAGAAAUCAAAAAAGUGUGCGCCAUAGUGCACUCUUAGCUGUGGGCGAUGUGCCUCCAAGCAUGCACUUGAAUGAUGUGCCCCAGCUGAUGAAGGAGCUUGAAUCAAAUAAUGCAGCGAUUGCAAGCCCCGAUUUAAAUGAGGAGGGCUAUAAAAUCAGUGAGAUAAGCAGCCUCAAUGCUAUUCAGAGUUACUCAGAAGAGUUCGAUAGAAAUCAAAAAAGUGUGCGCCAUAGUGCACUCUUAGCUGUGGGCGGUGUGCCUCCAAGCGUGCACUUAAAUGAUGUGCCCCAGCUGAUGAAGGAGCUUGAAUCAAAUAAUGCAACUAUUGCAAGCCCCGAUUCAAAUGAGGAGGGCUAUAAAAUCAGUGAGAUAAGCAGCCUCCAUGCUAUUCAGACAUACUCAGAAGAGUUCGAUAGAAAUCAAAAAAGUGUGCGCCAUAGUGCACUCUUAGCUGUGGGCGAUGUGCCUCCAAGCGUGCACUUAAAUGAUGUGCCCCAGCUGAUGAAAGAGCUUGAAUCAAACAAUGCAACUAUUGCAAGCCCCGAUUCAAAUGAGGAGGGCUAUAAAAUCAGUGAGAUAAGCAGCCCCCAUGCUAUUCAGAAGCACUCAGAAGAGUUCGAUAGAAAUCAAAAAAGUGUGCGCCAUAGUGCACUCUUAGCUGUGGGCGAUGUGCCUCCAAGCGUGCACUUAAAUGAUGUGCCCCAGCUGAUGAAGGAGCUUGAAUCAAAUAAUGCAACUAUUGCAAGCCCCGAUUUAAAUGAGGAGGGCUAUAAAAUCAGUGAGAUAAGCAGCCUCCAUGCUAUUCAGAAUUACUCAGAAGAGUUCGAUAGAAAUCAAAAAAGUGUGCGCCAUAGUGCACUCUUAGCUGUGGGCGAUGUGCCUCCAAGCGUGCACCUAAAUGAUGUGCCCCAGCUGAUGAAGGAGCUUGAAUCAAAUAAUGCAACUAUUGCAAGCCCCGACUUAAAUGAGGAGGGCUAUAAAAUCAGUGAGAUAAGCAGCCUCCAUGCUAUUCAGAAUUACUCAGAAGAGUUCGAUAGAAAUCAAAAAAGUGUGCGCCAUAGUGCACUCUUAGCUGUGGGCGAUGUGCCUCCAAGCGUGCACCUAAAUGAUGUGCCCCAGCUGAUGAAGGAGCUUGAAUCAAAUAAUGCAACUAUUGCAAGCCCCGACUUAAAUGAGGAGGGCUAUAAAAUCAGUGAGAUAAGCAGCCUCCAUGCUAUUCAGAAUUACUCAGAAGAGUUCGAUAGAAAUCAAAAAAGUGUGCGCCAUAGUGCACUCUUAGCUGUGGGCGAUGUGCCUCCAAGCGUGCACCUAAAUGAUGUGCCCCAGCUGAUGAAGGAGCUUGAAUCAAAUAAUGCAACUAUUGCAAGCCCCGACUUAAAUGAGGAGGGCUAUAAAAUCAGUGAGAUAAGCAGCCCCCAUGCUAUUCAGAAGCACUCAGAAGAGUUCGAUAGAAAUCAACAAAGUGUGCGCCGUAGUGCGCUCAUAGCUGUGGGCGAUGUGCCUCCAAGCGUGUACCUAAAUGAUGUGCCCCAGCUGAUGAAGGAGCUUCAAUCAAAUAAUGCAACUAUUGCAAGCCCCAAUUUAAAUGAGGAGGGCUAUAAAAUCAGUGAGAUAAGCAGCCUCAAUGCUAUUCAGAGUUACUCAGAAGAGUUCGAUAGAAAUCAAAAAAGUGUGCGCCAUAGUGCACUCUUAGCUGUGGGCGAUGUGCCUCCAAGCGUGCACUUAAAUGAUGUGCCCCAGCUGAUGAAAGAGCUUGAAUCAAACAAUGCAACUAUUGCAAGCCCCGAUUCAAAUGAGGAGGGCUAUAAAAUCAGUGAGAUAAGCAGCCCCCAUGCUAUUCAGAAGCACUCAGAAGAGUUCGAUAGAAAUCAAAAAAGUGUGCGCCAUAGUGCACUCUUAGCUGUGGGCGAUGUGCCUCCAAGCGUGCACUUAAAUGAUGUGCCCCAGCUGAUGAAGGAGCUUGAAUCAAAUAAUGCAACUAUUGCAAGCCCCGAUUUAAAUGAGGAGGGCUAUAAAAUCAGUGAGAUAAGCAGCCCCUAUGCUAUUCAGAAGCACUCAGAAGAGUUCGAUAGAAAUCAAAAAAGUGUGCGCCAUAGUGCACUCUUAGCUGUGGGCGAUGUGCCUCCAAGCGUGCACUUGAAUGAUGUGCAACAGCUGAUGAAGGAGCUUGAAUCAAAUAAUGCAGCGAUUGCAAGCCCCGAUUUAAAUGAGGAGGGCUAUAAAAUCAGUGAGAUAAGCAGCCCCCCUGCUAUUCAGAAGCACUCAGAAGAGUUCGAUAGAAGUCAACAAAGUGUGCGCCGUAGUGCGCUCGAAGCUGUGGGCGAUGUGCCUCCAAGCUUGCACUUAAAUGAUGUGCCCCAGCUGAUGAAGGAGCUUGAAUCAAAUAAUGCAACUAUUGCAAGCCCCGAUUUAAAUGAGGAGGGCUAUAAAAUCAGUGAGAUAAGCAGCCUCCAUGCUAUUCAGAAUUACUCAGAAGAGUUCGAUAGAAAUCAAAAAAGUGUGCGCCAUAGUGCACUCUUAGCUGUGGGCGAUGUGCCUCCAAGCGUGCACCUAAAUGAUGUGCCCCAGCUGAUGAAGGAGCUUGAAUCAAAUAAUGCAACUAUUGCAAGCCCCGACUUAAAUGAGGAGGGCUAUAAAAUCAGUGAGAUAAGCAGCCUCCAUGCUAUUCAGAAUUACUCAGAAGAGUUCGAUAGAAAUCAAAAAAGUGUGCUCCAUAGUGCACUCUUAGCUGUGGGCGAUGUGCCUCCAAGCGUGCACUUAAAUGAUGUGCCCCAGCUGAUGAAGGAGCUUGAAUCAAAUAAUGCAACUAUUGCAAGCCCCGACUUAAAUGAGGAGGGCUAUAAAAUCAGUGAGAUAAGCAGCCUCCAUGCUAUUCAGAAUUACUCAGAAGAGUUCGAUAGAAAUCAAAAAAGUGUGCGCCAUAGUGCACUCUUAGCUGUGGGCGAUGUGCCUCCAAGCGUGCACUUAAAUGAUGUGCCCCAGCUGAUGAAGGAGCGUGAAUCAAAUAAUGCAACUAUUGCAAGCCCCGGCUUAAAUGAGGAGGGCUAUAAAAUCAGUGAGAUAAGCAGGCUCCAUGCUAUUCAGAAUUACUCAGAAGAGUUCGAUAGAAAUCAAAAAAGUGUGCUCCAUAGUGCACUCGUAGCUGUGGGCGAUGUGCCGCCAAGCUUGCACUUAAAUGAUGUGCCCCAGUUGAUGAAGGAGCUUGAAUCAAAUAAUGCAACUAUUGCAAGCCCCGAUUUAAAUGAGGAGGGCUAUAAAAUCAGUGAGAUAAGCAGCCUCCAUGCUAUUCAGAAUUACUCAGAAGAGUUCGAUAGAAAUCAAAAAAGUGUGCGCCAUAGUGCACUCUUAGCUGUGGGCGAUGUGCCUCCAAGCGUGCACUUAAAUGAUGUGCCCCAGCUGAUGAAGGAGCUUGAAUCAAAUAAUGCAACUAUUGCAAACCCCGAUUUAAAUGAGGAGGGCUAUAAAAUCAGUGAGAUAAGCAGCCCCCAUGCUAUUCAGAAUUACUCAGAAGAGUUCGAUAGAAAUCAAAAAAGUGUGCGCCAUAGUGCACUCUUAGCUGUGGGCGAUGUGCCUCCAAGCGUGCACUUAAAUGAUGUGCCCCAGCUGAUGAAGGAGCUUGAAUCAAAUAAUGCAACUAUUGCAAGCCCCGAUUUAAAUGAGGAGGGCUAUAAAAUCAGUGAGAUAAGCAGCCCCCAUGCUAUUCAGAAUCACUCAGAAGAGUUCGAUAGAAAUCAAAAAAGUGUGCGCCAUAGGGCAAUCGUAGCUGUGGGCGAUGUGCCUCCAAGCGUGCACUUAAAUGAUGUGCCGCAGCUGAUGAAGGAGCUUGAAUCAAAUAAUGCAACUAUUGCAAGCCCCGAUUUAAAUGAGGAGGGCUAUAAAAUCAGUGAGAUAAGCAGCCCCCAUGCUAUUCAGAAUUACUCAGAAGAGAUCGAUAGAAAUCAAAAAAGUGUGCGCCAUAGUGCACUCUUAGCUGUGGGCGAUGUGCCUCCAAGCGUGCACUUAAAUGAUGUGCCCCAGCUGAUGAAGGAGCUUGAAUCAAAUAAUGCAACUAUUGCAAGCCCCGAUUUAAAUGAGGAGGGCUAUAAAAUCAGUGAGAUAAGCAGUCUCCAUGCUAUUCAGAAUUACUCAGAAGAGUUCGAUAGAAAUCAAAAAAGUGUGCGCCAUAGUGCACUCUUAGCUGUGGGCGAUGUGCCUCCAACCGUGCACUUAAAUGAUGUGCCCCAGCUGAUGAAUGUGCUUGAAUCAAAUAAUGCAAGUAUUGCAAGCCCCGAUUUAAAUGAGGAGGGCUAUAAAAUCAGUGAGAUAAGCAGCCCCCAUGCUAUUCAGAAUUACUCAGAAGAGUUCGAUAGAAAUCAAAAAAGUGUGCGCCAUAGUGCACUCUUAGCUGUGGGCGAUGUGCCUCCAAGCGUGCACUUAAAUGAUGUGCCCCAGCUGAUGAAGGAGCUUGAAUCAAAUAAUGCAACUAUUGCAAGCUCCGAUUUAAAUGAGGAGGGCUAUAAAAUCAGUGAGGUAAGCAGCCCCCAUGCUAUUCAGAAUUACUCAGAAGAGUUCGAUAGAAAUCAAAAAAGUGUGCGCCGUAGUGCGCUCAUAGCUGUGGGCGAUGUGCCUCCAAGCGUGCACUUAAAUGAUGUGCCCCAGCUGAUGAAGGAGCUUGAAUCAAAUAAUGCAACUAUUGCAAGCCCCGACUUAAGUGAGAAGGGCUAUAAAAUCAGUGAGAUAAGCAGCGUCCAUGCUAUUCAGAGUUACUCAGAAGAGUUCGAUAGAAAUCAAAAAAGUGUGCGCCAUAGUGCACGCUUAGCUGUGGGCGAUGUGCCUCCAAGCGUGCACUUAAAUGAUGUGCCCCAGCUGUUGAAGGAGCUUGAAUCAAAUAUUGCAACUAUUGCAAGCGCCGAUUUAAAUGAGGAGGGCUAUAAAAUCAGUGAGAUAAGCAGCCCCCAUGCUAUUCAGAAUUACUCAGAAGAGUUCGAUAGAGAUCAAAAAAGUGUGCGCCAUAGUGCACUCUUAGCUGUGGGCGAUGUGCCUCCAAGCGUGCACUUAAAUGAUGUGCCCCAGCUGAUGAAGGAGCUUGAAUCAAAUAAUGCAACUAUUGCAAGCCCCGAUUUAAAUGAGGAGGGCUAUAAAAUCAGUGAGAUAAGCAGCCUCCAUGCUAUUCAGAAUUACUCAGAAGAGUUCGAUAGAAAUCAAAAAAGUGUGCGCCAUAGUGCACUCUUAGCUGUGGGCGAUGUGCCUCCAAGCGUGCACUUAAAUGAUGUGCCCCAGCUGAUGAAGGAGCUUGAAUCAAAUAAUGCAACUAUUGCAAGCCCCGAUUUAAAUGAGGAGGGCUAUAAAAUCAGUGAGAUAAGCAGCCUCCAUGCUAUUCAGAAUUACUCAGAAGAGUUCGAUAGAAACCAAAAAAGUGUGCGCCAUAGUGCACUCUUAGCUGUGGGCGAUGUGCCUCCAAGCGUGCACAUAAAUGAUGUUCCCCAGCUGAUGAAGGAGCUUGAAUCAAAUAAUGCAACUAUUGCAAGCCCCGAUUUAAAUGAGGAGGGCUAUAAAAUCAGUGAGAUAAGCAGUCUCCAUGCUAUUCAGAUUUACUCAGAAGAGUUCGAUAGAAAUCAAAAAAGUGUGCGCCAUAGUGCGCUCUUAGCUGUGGGCGAUGUGCCUCCAAGCGUGCAUUUAAAUGAUGUGCCCCUGCUGAUGAAGGAGCUUGAAUCAAAUAAUGCAACUAUUGCAAGCCCCGAUUUAAAUGAGGAGGGCUAUAAAAUCAGUGAGAUAAGCAGCCUCCAUGCUAUUCAGACAUACUCAGAAGAGUUCGAUAGAAAUCAAAAAAGUGUGCGCCAUAGUGCUCUCUUAGCUGUGGGCAAUGUGCCUCCAAGCGUGCACUUAAAUGAUGUGUCCCAGCUGAUGAAGGAGCUUGAAUCAAAUAAUGCAACUAUUGCAAGCCCCGAUUUAAAUGAGGAGGGCUAUAAAAUCAGUGAGAUAAGCAGCCUCCAUUCUAUUCAGAAUUACUCAGAAGAGUUCGAUAGAAAUCAAAAAAGUGUGCGCCAUAGUGCACUCUUAGCAGUGGGCGAUGUGCCUCCAAGCAUGCACUUAAAUGAUGUGCCCCAGCUGAUGAAGGAGCUUGAAAUAAAUGAUGGGAAGUUUUCAAGACCCGAUUCGGAUGAGGAGAAGGAACAGAUCAUAGUGAGUCGAUCCCUUGGUGAUAAUGUUGAGAGCCAAUAUUCAGAGGUCGAAACUGAUCGAAUAAGUAAGCUCCAAGCAAACAGUCAGAAUCACAUGUUGCAUUCCAACCAGGUUGAUGAACCAGUGGACAAGGUAUCAAAAUCUAGUGACGAUCUUCAGAGUCUUAUGUAUCUGUGGGGUCGUGACCUGACUGGGCCCCCACCGUAUCCUGCAUUUCCAAGUAAGGCUGCCUGGACCAUACCAGAAGCCGUUCAGAGGGAGGCAACUUUAAGGGGCUUUUGCAUUACUGGGCCACCACCAUUCGGCGCCUUCAGGUCACAAGUCCCUGGGGACGCCAGGUACAUAUCAAAUGUCUCACAGAGUGAUGCAAUGUUGAGGGGCUGUCUUGUCACUGGACCCCCUCCAUUUCCGGCGUUUAGGGCUCGGGCUCCCAGGGAUGUGCAACACUCCAUACCUACUGAAGCUUCACUAAGAGGCUGUCUCAUUACUGGGCCUCCCCCUUUCCGAGCUUUUGGGUCCCGGUCCCCCACGACUUCACUACAGUCUUCGCAGCGAGAAGUGAAGCUAAGGGAACGUCGUGUUAUUGGACCACCUCCGUUUCCGGGUUUCAAAGCACAGACCGGCAAGGAGGUGCUCAAUCCCAUUAAAUGUGUGAAAUCUGAUAGGCUCUCAUCUGCCUGGGCCGCAGACCGUUCCUGCUAUUCGACAUCCAGCAGUCAGGGGUGCCUCAGAGAUGACCGCGACUCUGGCUAG